AUGGUCAUUGCUGGUAAACAAAAAGUUUUCGUUGUACUUAUACAAUGUUAUUUUUUAUUAUUGGUCAUAACUGUUGGCGCAGUAACAACAAAAACAAUUCGUAAUGCUGAAGGAGCUGUGGCCGCUGCCGCUGCUGCUGCUGCUGCUGCUGCUGCUGCUGCUGCAUCCGUUUUAGAUGACGAUUUUGCUGAUCUGUCUCCAAGUUUGAAAAAUGUUGCAAAUGCAGUUAAAGUUGAACUGCCAGCAAAACCAGCAUUCCUUGAAAGGUUUGGUCAAGAAGGCGUUAAUUAUGAUCUUGAUAAUCGAUCAAGGCCUUUUAUACUUUGUGAAUUUAUUGCACCGAUAUCAUGUGAUCCAGCGAAAUCGAUUUGUAGCGGUGUGAAACAGUGUUAUUUGGAAGGAAGAAAACAUGAGAGAUUAGGAUGUAUGGCUGUUACAGAUAAUCAGCGUCAGAAUGGAUCAUUUGUGAAGGAUUGUUGGCCACAUAGCGAUUCGAUACAUAAAUGUUUAAGUGGUCACUGUACGGCAGAAAGACGAUCUGCCAAUCAAGUUGAUGUUUUUUUUUGCUGCUGUUCAACUCAUAACUGUAAUGUCAAUGUUUUUAUACCGCCACAGCUUUCGACUGCGGCUCCAUCAACGUUCGCACCAAUUAGCAAAGAUCCAGGAUUAUUUUCAUCAGAUACCUGGGCUGCGAUAUUUAUACUUAUAGCAUUUGUAUGUACAUGUCUUCUUUUAAUUCUUUGCUAUUGGACGUACCGUGAAUUGAAGAAUAGUCAUCUUUUCAAGGGAAAGGCUGUUGACUCAUAUGCAAUUUCUGCGAUUAGUGAUGUUGAUACGCCACUGAUAAACUGCAAAAAAGAUGAAGGAUGGAGAAAUAUCACCAGUCUUGAGAUUGUUGCACGUGGACGUUUUGGGCAAGUCUAUCGUGGCUUAUUAGACGAUAUGCCUGUUGCAGUUAAAGUAUUUCCUAAUGUCGAUGCUGCUAGUUGGAUCCUUGAGCAGGAAAUUUAUACACUCUCUGCCCUUCGUAAAAACGGCAAUAUUUUGCGAUAUAUUGGAUCGGAAGUACAUGGCUCAACAUACUGGUUGAUCACAGAAUUUCAUGACACUGGAACACUUCAGGAUUUUCUUAAAACUCACAUGCUUUCAUUAUGCGAUUCACUAAAAAUAAUAUCUAGCAUGCUUAAAGGACUUUCAUUCUUACAUGAGGAAAAAAUGAUUGAUGGAGAGUUCAAACCAUGCAUUGUACAUCGUGAUUUUAAAUCACGGAAUGUUCUGCUGAAGGAAGAUCUCACAUCGGUGAUUGGUGAUUUUGGAUUAGCUCUUAAAUGUGAAAAUGGGCAAAUGCCAGCCGAUGAAAACCAUGGACAAGUCGGCACUCGUCGUUAUAUGUCUCCUGAAGUACUAGAAGGUGCUACUGAGUUCACAGCUUUUGCAUUCCGACAGAUUGAUGUUUAUGCGGCCGCACUUGUAAUAUGGGAAAUACUGUCUCGAACUGUCCUUAAGGAAGAUGAUGUCGUUCCAGAAUAUAAGCAACCAUAUCAAGAUGAAGUAGGGUUGCAGCCUUCACUGCAUGAUCUUCGUCGAGUUGUUGUUGCACUUAAAAUUCGACCAACUGUACGUCAAGAACUAAUUGAGCAUAAUAUUGCUGGCGUUCUAUGGAAAACUGUGGAGGACAUGUGGGAUAUGGAACCUGAUGGACGCAUUACAUCGGGGUGCGCAUAUGAACGAGCAAAUACGCUUUAUUUAUCAUAUUCAGCCACUUUAACCGGUGACAGUUCCGAAAAUGCCACAAUAACUACUAGUGAUCCGCAUUCACAUGUGGGAUCAAACUGUUAUUCAUACGCAAGUGAAGAAUUAGUCAAUCAACAACCAGCGUUACUUAUCAAAGAUUCAGCUCUUGGUCUGAAUGGUUUUAACGCGAAUAUGGAUAUCUAUUCGCAGAGCUGUAUUCCACCUAAUAUGAAGUUUGCACCUUCAACAAAUAAUCAUCAGCAAUCCGAUAUUUUUCAUGAAAAUCAAAUGCGUCAGUUAUGUUUCAAGCAACAACAGCCACAGAAUCAGCAACAGAAAUUCAAUAAUAAUAUUAAUAAUAUUAUCAGUCAAUCUUGCUUAGCAAAAUCAUCAUCACCAUCACUUCAGUCAGAGAUUUUACAAACUGUAGAGAGGUGA